CUUUAGCAGCAAUAUUUGUUUCACAUUCAAAGCUGGUCCAAACCCAGCAGUGUUCUAAAGGAUGUCUAGAUAUUUGUGUUCACUCUGCUGAGACCAAACGCAGUGACCUCGGCAAAAACAAACGGCACCUGAGGGUUUCAUGAGUGAUGGGGCGUAACUAGUGGUUUAUGUGUGGACAGAUUUAACUGAUUUCAAUUAUAUGUGGCACUUUGUGAACCCUGCUAUAGAAAUGUGAUCAAAUAGGUAUUGGUUUACCUUUAGAUGCAGAGAAGAUGAUCCAAGGUCAUUGCUGAAUAUUUCAUCAAAGAGCAGCUGAUAUGCAUAGCAGGCUUUGAGGUUGGGGUUAGGUUUCAACCAGGUGAAACCUACAUUACCCUUCUGUGCUACCUUUUACCAUUAUAAUAAAGGUGCAGACUGAUGGCUGUCUCAGUGAUUGGGUUAGAGUACAGACACUGUCUGCAGACAAAGUUUUAAAUUUUAGCUGGAACAGAAAGAAAAGAGAUCUGACGGUCAGGUGCUCCCUUAAUUAAGAAAUAAGUAAUAAUGAUUCAAAACUAUGAUAAAUAUAUCUGCAGGCGUUUAGAAAAUGGUAUCUGGACAGGCUUGGUUUGUACUUGUAAGACUUUGCCAAGAGCCUUCCUCAACUUCUUCAGUUCUAGUGUUGAACCUUGAAGAAGCCUUUUGUAGAAAUCACUUCAUAAGCUGACCAGGUCGGAGUUCACAAUAAAUUGAUUUGUUCACAGAAAUUCUGUUGUGAACACAACUGAUUUUUAUUCUUUUACGUCCUCAUCACUGUUGUGAAUCUGUUGAAAAAUUCCUCACAGCCAGUUCUGUUCCGCUUCAGGUAGCUAAAGGCCUGCUUUCGCAUGUUUGUCGUGAGCAAACAUUAACAUGUGUAUUUGCUAAACGUGAGGGUUUGCACGAUCGCACUCCAACAUUGCUCAGUACUCAGUAGCCGGCUACCAACUGGGAAACUGGACUGGAUUUUAAACCUUUAUAGUUUUACUAUAUUUCACCUCUGUGAACAUGAAAUAAACACAUUGAAAAAAUGCUAAAGUGUAAAACCAUGAACACAGGGGAUUAUUACUUGUACAGCCUUAGUUUUAUAGGUGAACAGAAGCUGUUGGUGGAUAUGUUUUCAGAGCAGAAGAUUUAAUGUGUUUAUAUGUCUUUCCUUUGUGUUUAUAUAUCUUUCCAUUCUGUAAAGGACACACCUCAAAGGAGACCAUAGACUUUGUUCACGUGUCACUAGAUUUGCAGGCAUUUUACUCUGCACAUAGUACCAGUAAUUUUACAAACAAUCUAAUGCACUACGUUUUAGUGCAUACUUCAGGCUCUGCAGGAUAAAAAAAAUUUGUCUUGACCUUUGUUUUGCCUACAGUUGCUAUUUUCUUCUGUCUUAAAUAAUUACCCAAAUCAUAUUCUUUCUCAUAAUUAGUGGUGUUUAAAUAGCAGUUGUUGUACUGCUCAGAGUGGUGUUUGUUUUGUAUAAUUGUCUUGCACUUUUUUUUUUUUUUAAUUCCCACUUGAAAUCAAUGAGCUCCUUAUUAAGCUUCCUUAUGGUCAAGGUCAAUGAAAACAAAGGUAGUGCUAACAAAAAUAGCAGAAGCCUUCAGCACUGAUGGUCUCUGUUGGAGUGGAGGAGGAAUGUGAUGAGUGUGCAAUUUCUCUACUGUUGAGGCUCCAAUGUGUUUCUUUCCUGCUUAAUUUAAUUUGAGAAAAAUCUUGUUGAGGCAACGUGUGUGGAAUCCAGGCUACAACACGUCCAAGGCAGAGGACUGAAAGCACUCACAGAGGAAUCCCGUCACGUUAGCUUUAGAGGAGCCAUAUCAAGAUGAAGGCUGCGAUGUCUCUGAGAAAAAUGUCAAAGCAGAGGAUGGUUGAUGAGACCUUCAGAAAAGGUUAACUCCUUUAACCGAUUCAUUGAGUGGGCAGCAUUAGUCAUCCAGUAUGUCUAUAUGCACAAGUGAACGAUUUGAUAAAACUAACAUUUAGGGUUGUUGUGGUAACUUCCACUGUGGUAGGAGUGAGGACAUCCCAGGGGUGGUGGGCUACCUCACUGCAUAUGUCAUUGGCUCCACUGGAGACUGAAAAAACAAAGACGUCCAGUUAAGGGUGAUGUGUUGUGUUGCUUUUAGGGAAAAGCUGUUUUGGUAACAUGGAGUGGUUGUGAGUUGUAUCACUUCCUCUGUUACUGCCUUGGAAUAAUGGCAGACCCAUAGUACUAGUCUCAUAACAUCAGCAGUGUAGCAGAACUCUCCAUGUUGUCCACCAUCAGUAUUUGUCACGCUGUAGUACAAUAGCUCAUACUGCUAUUAAAGAAACAGUAUCCUUAAAAGAUUUGUGUCGCACGCAAUAGAACUACCGGUUGUGAUUUGUUGUGUUCAUUAGACACACCCUCUGCAGUGUAGUGCAGGGAAUACAGUUAAUUUCCACAAAGGGGAAAUUAGGAAGAUUUUAUGGAACAGUAAACUGACUGCGACUGCAGCUCAGAACUGAUAUUUUCAUCUUAGACUCUUGUCUUCCAUGACUGCUGCUGUUUUGAACACAGAGAAAAGUGGACUUUAGAGUUUUGCGUCAGUUUGUGUGUCUGUGUGAGUGUGUGUGUGUAUCAACGUUUCUGUCCACCUUUUUUCAGGCAGAAAACAGUCAGUGUGUCUGUGAGAGUGGUGUUCACUGCUUGGGAAAGACUGUGAGUGAGAUCAACAGCAAAGCCCUCCCUUUCUUCACUCCUCCCUUCUCUCUCCCACUCCUCCCAGCAGCUGUUUUCCAGUCUUGGCUGAGAAAUGGAGCCAGACUGUUUCUUUUUUCCCCCCCGUUUUUCCCCAUCUUCACGUCACAAGCAGGAACUUACCAACGUACAACAAACAAAGAGUACACUUUUUUUUUCUCACUUUUGCGCUGUCUCUUUGCUGGCCCACACUCAUCUGGUUGUUGACUGUACUAACCUCAUCCUGGAGGACAGACUAAAGAGCAAGUAUUUUCGCUCCUCCACUUGGCAGCUGCCGCUGUGUACUCUCGAUAUCGUGUGAAAACUGCCUUAGCGUUGGGGAAAUACUUUCAUGGAGUGUGGUUCUCCUUGGCUGAAGAGUGUGUUUUCACCAGUUACAUUCCAGCAAGAAUCCACUGUGUUGCUGCUGCGCCCAUGAGGUAACGUCAGGACCUGGCGCUGCCUGCUUACCACCGUUGGUCCGUCCAUCUCCCUUCCCACUGUCCCAUUCACCACAGGACCUACACAGCCAUGGGCCAGAAGAUAUCGGGCAGCAUCAAGUCAGUGGAUGUACGUGGAGAGUCUUCAUAUCAGCCUGUGCGCCGCGAGCUGCGGGGCCCAGAUUUCUGUCGGCCACCUCGACUGGACUUACUUUUAGACAUGCCACCAGCCAGUACUGAGACACAGCUUCGCCAUGCAUGGAACCCAGACGACCGCUCACUAAAUAUUUUUGUAAAAGAGGACGAUAAGCUAACAUUCCAUAGACACCCGGUAGCACAAAGCACAGACUGUAUUCGUGGCAAGGUGGGCUACACCAGGGGCCUCCAUGUCUGGCAGAUCCACUGGCCGUCGCGACAGCGGGGCACCCAUGCUGUCGUCGGUGUGGCUACUGCUGAAGCCACUUUACAUUCAGUGGGCUACAUGGCCCUGGUGGGCUCAGACUCUGAGUCUUGGGGCUGGGACCUGGGUCGGAACAGACUGUACCACGACGGAAAGAACCAACCCGGCUCCUCGUCAGCUCCCACCUACCCCUGUUUUUUGGAGCCAGAUGAGUCUUUUGUUCUUCCAGACUCUCUGACUGUUGUACUGGACAUGGAUGAAGGAACUCUGAGCUUCAUGGUAGAUGGACAGUAUCUGGGUGUGGCUUUCAGAGGACUCAAGGGCAAAAGACUGUAUCCUAUCAUCAGUGCUGUGUGGGGUCACUGUGAGGUGUCCAUCCGCUACGUCAACGGACUGGAUCCGGAGCCGCUGCCCCUCAUGGACCUGUGCAGACGAGUGGCUCGGCUGGCUCUGGGCAGAGAGCGCAUCCAUCACAUUGACACCCUCCCGCUGCCUCAGACUCUAAAGGACUACCUCCAGUACCAGUGACCACACACACACACACACACACACACACACACA